GAUAAAUAGAAAGCUCAGUAACAAGAAGUAUCAGUGUUGUUGGCAGAGCAGCGUCGGUGUGUAGUUGUCUUAAUGCCUCUACGCACACGCCUCUCUGUUAGCUGUUUGGGAGAAAGCGCUUUGAGCAAUUUGUAUUAAGUCCAGUAUAUUACCAGAAAACAACUGAUUUCCUUGGCGACACUAAAAGCUGAUCCAGGUUCACCCAACCCCGGGCAUGCACUGUAGUAAACGUUGGGUGAAAAAAAAGUUAAGGCGGAUAGUGAAAAGGUAGACGACAAGAAGUGCUUGCGGGCACGUCGGUAACUGUUAUCGUUCAAGAAACAACUUGAUUCCUUCGCAUCGAAAGGCUGUGAAGCCGAAGAGUAUGUGAGAAGGUAAGGCACGCUCAAUCAAGAAGUCAGAAUCAAAGAUCCUAGAGGAGCUCCUCUAUAAUCUUUGGUCAGAAUGUCCCACAACAGAAGAGGCGUUGCCCGAUGGGAGGCUAGUAAAGAGCGGCACGAUAGGAGAGUUUUUUCGAAGAACAGACCCGAUUCGAAACGAGGGGGUCGUCGCUGCCACAGGCGAGGCAGAGCAGAAGGUGCCAAAGGGGGUAUUGCUUUUGGCCCUGGCAGCCAACACCAGCCGUUCACAGCCUCGGGGGUGACAUUACGCCCAGCCAACAUACACGGCAACCGGGCACCAGGCAUGAGAGCACCCAGAAAUACUAAUCAGUUUUUGAUGCACGAGAAAUAUCAGUUAAUGCAUAUGAGGUCAGACUCGACGGGGAACGACAGUGGCUCAGAAAUAGAGCUGGACAUUGACAUCGACUCGUAUUUGGGUGUGUUAGAGAACGCCCGUGGUGGGCUGGACUACACCACGUCUCUCCCGUGUGACGAUAACCUGUUACAUUUCGAGUUUGAGUCGGUCGAUCAAGAUCAGAGCAUACAAUAUUUUCCUUCAGAGGACGACGUGGUGAAAAGUGAACGUUUUAUGCUACGGGACUUUGCAGCGUUCUGCAGUGCGUUUGAAGAUUGAUUAAACGUGUCACAAUCAAGUUGCCCUGAGACGAGCUGUUACCAAGUGGGUGGAGAGAACUGUCUUUUUUGAGUUUCCAGCUAGUGACGCCUGCGAACUAUUUUAAUAAUGAGUAUUGUGUACUUUGCCAAUAAACUUGUUUUAAAUUUA